CUAAACAACGCCAUCAUGUCACAGGGUUUUCUGGCUAGACCUCAGAUGAGAAGCCUUCUGGGAAAAAGGUUGAGAUUCCACAUUGUUAGAGCCUUCAUCUUUUCCAUGAGUGUUGUGGCGCUGUACAAGUUUGGUGUGGCCGAGCCAAGGAAGAGGGCGUAUGCCAACUACUAUAAGAAUUACGAUGCAGUAAAGGAGUUUGAAGCCAUGAGGGAAGCUGGAGUGUUUCAGGGUGUGAGGCCUAAGGGAGAAUGA